AUGGCCCCACAAACGCAGGGGAAGUAUGGUGAUGCUAAUCAUCUUGCCAACCCCCAAAAUCCAUGUCUCAAGGCCUCGAUCGCCAAUACGGAACAAGAGAACAAAGCCAUUGCGGCACACGCGUCCGGAAUCAAGCCGAGACCAUGUCCUUGGGAACACCACGGCAUCGCAGGCACAUACGGGCGGCCAUCAUAUGCCGUCAAACCUGAGAUUUAUGGCAAGCAAGACUUCAAACGCCCCCACGAACCACCAUUGGCCAGCUCAUCUUGCCCUCCUCCUCCACAACCAUUUCGGCAUGGACUGAGGCUGCAGACAAUGCAGGCAGGCCACCACUAUGCCAUGCUACCUUACUGCACCUGGCACAUUGAGCAAGACGCAUCUAUCCGUCUCCCACGCCUGGACUGGGGAACAUGUCGAUGUCCGGAUCAAGGAGACAGUCAACCACUCAGAGCUUCCCUCUUCGUCUCUGUGCAAACGGCCGGACCACCAUGA